UCAUGCCUGAGGGGAGAGCUGGAUCCUCGCAGAUGGUGCCCCGAAGUCGGACUUCGUUUGCAGUCUUUGGUUUCCGUGAGCUUCUGUUCCCGUCCCUCAGCACCGCCCUUCCCUCAGCUCUUCCCGUCCCUCAGCUCCGCCCGGCCCCCGCCGGUCCACUGUUUGCCCCGUCUCCUCCCCUCGUCGCUUGGUUACGGCGUCGCUUCCGUCCCUGGGGACCGACCGACAUGGCGGCGGCCACCACAGCCUUCUCCUUUUCCUUCGCCUCCUCCUCCUCCUCGGCGCUGCUGCGCCCGGGCUGGGCCCCGCUGAGGCGUUGGCGAGCCCUCACCGGCCCUGCCCCGCGGGCCGCCUGCAGCGCCAGCAGCUUCCCCCGCAGUGCCGACAGUGAUGAAGCAACAGUUAUCUCAGGGACAAAGCUUGCUAACCAAGUUUUGAAAGAAGUUCAAAGGGAUGUAGAAUCGUGGAUAUCUGUUGGGAACAAGAGACCUCAUCUCACUGUCAUAUUAGUAGGAGACAAUCCAGCCAGUCAUAUCUAUGUCAGGAACAAGAUAAAAGCAGCUGCAGCUGUGGGUAUGUCAUAUAAGUGAUCCUUUGGUAAGCAUAAGGUACUGCUAUUUAAAAAUAAAAAAAU